AUGCCAACCAAAGAGGAAGAAACAGGAAGCACAGGCAAACCAAAGUUGAAGAUACAGGAAGUACAUGUCAACCAAAGAGGAAGAUACAGGGAGCAAUUGUCAACCAAAGAGGAAGAUACUGGAAGUAAAUGUCAACUAAAGAGGAAGAUACAGGAAGCCCAGGCAAACCAAAGAGGUAGAUACAGGAAGUACAUGUCAACCAAAGAGGAAGAUACUGGAAGUAAAUGUCAACCAAAGAGGAAGAUACAGGAAGCCCAGGCAAACCAAAGAGGUAGAUACAGGAAGUACAUGUCAACCAAAGAGGAAGAUACUGGAAGUAAAUGUCAACCAAAGAGGAAGAUACAGGAAGCCCAGGCAAACCAAAGAGGUAGAUACAGGAAGUACAUGUCAACCAAAGAGGAGGAUACAGGAAGUACAUGUCAACCAAAGAGGAAGAUACAGGAAUUAAAGUUUGCCUUAGAAUUUAAGAAAUACGACUACGUGGAGCUUGUUGAGACGGAAAAAACUCGGAUCGAGCAGAGAAACAAACUUAUUAAGAUUGCCGAUACGUCGGAAGGUGGAUGGGAGACUGUAAAAAAUUAUGUUGCACGAGAUGUGGCGUCCGACUCCGAAGACGACAAGAAAAUUACAAGAGCAGAAAAUAAAGCUGUCAAGAAAAUCAAGUCCAAUAUGGGGCGUUCUGCAUGCAGUCCGUACUAUAGACCACGUGGUGGUCAUGCUCCUAGUGCUACUGUCUCUUCUGCAGAGCCAGCGGCAGUCCACAGCUUCUCCAUGUUCAAUCAGCCCUUUCGGAGGAACUCAUCAAGUGGAGCGUGCUUCUCAUGUGGGGGAUUUGGCCAUUUCAGACGUCAGUGUCCGAUGUCCGGAGAACAACAACCUGCUCAGACUACAUGA